AAAGGGCUAAACUUACUUUGUGUAGAAAUUAGAAUUUUAUAGCCACCAGCACCGUGAUUCCCAACCCCAACUCCUCCGUUUCUUUUGAUUUCGCUCAUCUCUCUCUCUCUCUCUCUCUAUUUUUCUCUUUUUUUCUUCCCACUCCGGAUGUGUAUGCACUUGCUCCUUUUUCUCUCAUCUCUCAGUUCAGAGUAGAGAAGUUGAGGUGAGAUGACAACCCUAAGAUCGAGUUGGCCGUCGAGGCUGCGGCAACUUCUAUCCAGCGAGGGCGCCAUUGGCCCAUCCAUUAAAUUGGACUCUGAACCUCCUCCUAAGAUCAAAGCCUUCACUGAGAAAGUCAUACAGUGUCCAUUACAAGAUAUAGCUAUACCACUCUCUGGCUUUCGGUGGGAGUACAAUAAGGGGAAUUUUAAUCACUGGAGGCCGUUGUUACUUCAUUUUGACACAUAUUUCAAGACAUAUUUGUCAUGUCGAAAUGACCUGACAUUGGCAGAGAAUCUAGAAGAUGACAUCCCAUUACCAAAACACGCAAUUCUGCAAAUAUUACGGGUGAUGCAAAUAAUUUUAGAGAACUGUGCAAACAAGAGUUCAUUCGAUGGCUUAGAGCACUUCAAGCUUUUACUAGCAUCAACAGAUCCUGAGAUUAUUAUUGCAACAUUGGAAACUCUUUCUGUGCUUGUAAAAAUAAAUCCCUCCAAGCUUCAUGGAACUGCAAAGAUGGUUGGCUGUGGUUCGGUGAACAGCUAUCUCCUGUCCCUAGCACAGGGGUGGGGAACCAAGGAGGAGGGCCUGGGAUUGUACUCUUGUAUUAUGGCAAAUGAAAAAGCCCAAGAUGAAGCACUAUGUUUAUUUCCUUCUGAUGUAGAGAAUGGUAGUGAUCAAUCCAAUUACCGCAUAGGUUCUACCCUUUAUUUUGAAUUGCAUGGAUCCAGUGUCCAAAGCAAGGAACAAAGUGUAGAUACAGUUGCAUCAAGUUUGAGAGUUAUACACAUGCCAGAUAUGCAUUUACGCAAAGAAGAUGACUUGUCGAUGUUGAGGCGAUGCAUUGAGCAGUAUAGUGUUCCUCCUGAGCUCCGAUUUUCAUUGCUCACUAGAAUUAGAUAUGCUCGUGCCUUCCGGUCUCCGAGAAUAAGCAGGCUUUAUAGCAGGAUUUGCCUUCUCGCUUUCAUUGUGUUGGUCCAGUCCAGUGAUGCUCAUGAUGAGCUUGUGUCCUUUUUUGCUAAUGAACCAGAAUAUACAAAUGAAUUGAUUAGAGUGGUGCGAUCUGAAGAAACCAUAUCUGGAUCCAUCAGAACACUUGCAAUGCUUGCAUUAGGAGCUCAGUUAGCAGCAUACACAUCAUCUCAUGAACGUGCACGGAUACUGAGUGGGUCUAGUAUGAAUUUUGCUGGAGGGAACCGCAUGAUACUUCUGAAUGUGCUUCAGAGGGCUAUUUUGUCAUUGAAGAGUUCUAAUGAUCCAUCUUCCCUUGCUUUUGUUGAGGCACUACUUCAGUUCUAUCUGCUGCAUGUGGUGUCGACCUCGUCUUCUGGGAGUAAUGUUAGAGGUUCUGGCAUGGUACCCACAUUCUUGCCUCUGCUGGAGGAUUCUGAUCUUGGACAUAUUCAUCUUGUUUGUUUUGCAGUGAAAACCCUUCAGAAGCUUAUGGAUUAUAGUAGCUCGGCUGUAUCUUUGUUUAAAGAGUUGGGAGGUAUCGAGCUUUUGGCUCAAAGAUUACAGAUAGAGGUUUACAGGGUCAUUAAUUUGGUUGGAGAAAAGGAUAAUGUGAUGCUUACUGGUGAAAGCUCAACACACAGUACUGAUCAGCUUUACGCUCAGAAGAGAUUCAUAAAAGUCUCUCUCAAGGCACUUGGAUCUGCAACAUAUGCCCCUACAAACUCUGCCAGACCUCAACACUCUCAUGACAAUUCAUUACCUGCGACUCUAGUCUUGAUUUUUCGGAACGUGGAUAAGUUUGGAGGUGACAUUUAUUACUCAGCUGUUACUGUUAUGAGUGAAAUAAUUCACAAAGAUCCUACAUGUUUUUCUGCUCUGCAUGAAAUGGGUCUUCCUGAUGCUUUUUUAUGUUCAGUUAAAUCUGGAAUACUUCCUUCAUCAAAGGCUUUGACAUGCAUUCCAAAUGGAAUUGGGGCCAUUUGUCUUAAUGCCAAAGGCCUAGAGGUUGUAAGAGAAAAUUCAUCUCUGCAGUUCCUUGUUGACAUCUUCACGAGCAAAAAGUAUGUAUUAGCUAUGAAUGAGGCUAUUGUUCCUCUCGCAAAUUCUGUGGAGGAGCUCUUACGACAUGUAUCUUCAUUGAGAAGUACUGGUGUUGACAUUGUUAUUGAAAUUAUGCAUAAGAUUGCAUCAUUUGGAGAUGGUAAUGUUACCGGAUCUUCAGCAAAAGCUAAUGAGGGUAAGGGUAGUGUAAUGGAAACAGAUUCUGAAGACAAAGAAAAUGAAAGUCAUUGCUGCCUCUUAGGCACAGCAGAAUCCGCUGUUGAAGGGAUAAGUGAUGAGCAGUUUGUUCAGCUAUGCAUCUUUCAUUUUAUGGUGUUGGUUCACCGGACUAUGGAAAAUUCUGAAACUUGUCGACUAUUUGUGGAAAAAUCAGGAAUUGAAGCUUUAUUGAAGUUGUUAUUACGACCCACUAUUGCACAAUCCUCAGACGGCAUGUCAAUUGCUUUGCAUAGCACCAUGGUAUUUAAGGGUUUCGCUCAACAUCACUCUGCUCCUCUGGCACGUGCCUUCUGUUCCUCUCUUAGAGAGCACUUGAAGAAUGCUUUAACUGGAUUUGGUGUAGCUUCCAGAUCUUUGUUGCUGGAUCCAAGGAUGACCACUAAUAACAGCAUCUUUUCUUCACUUUUUCUAGUUGAGUUUCUUCUCUUUCUUGCUGCAUCGAAAGAUAACCGUUGGGUGACUGCGUUGCUUACAGAAUUUGCAAAUGGCAGUAAGGAUGUUCUUGAAGACAUUGGACAUGUCCACCAAGAAGUUUUGUGGCAAAUUGCACUGCUUGAAAAUACUAAGCCUCAGGUUGAGGAUGAUGGUGCUUGUUCUUCUACUGAUUCACAACAGGCAGAAAUGGAUGCAAAUGAAACUGAAGAUCAGAGGUUCAAUUCUUUCAGGCAGUUUCUUGAUCCAUUAUUGAGAAGGAGGACUUCUGGAUGGAGUAUAGAAUCACAGUUUUUUGACCUUAUAAACCUGUAUCGAGAUUUGGGCCGUGCCACUGGUUCUCAGCACCGAUUAAGUUCUGUUGGUCCUUCAAACAGGCGAUCAGGUUCCAGUAAUCAGUUGCAUUAUUCUGGAUCUACGGACACUUCUGGGGCUGCUACUAAGAAGGAAUGUAACAAGCAGAGGACAUAUUAUACCUCUUGUUGUGACAUGGUCAGAUCAUUGUCAUUUCACAUUACCCAUUUGUUCCAAGAGUUAGGAAAAGUAAUGUUGCAACCUUCCCGCCGACGCGAUGAUAGUGUUAGUGUAAGUCCUGCUUCAAAAUCAGUGGCUUCUACUUUUGCAAGCAUUGCUCUAGAUCACAUGAAUUUUGUGGGUCAUGUAACAGAAGUGUCCAUAUCUACAAAAUGUCGUUAUUUUGGUAAAGUCAUUGAUUUUAUUGAUAGCAUUCUAAUGGAGAGGGCAGAUUCUUGCAAUCCCAUUCUACUAAAUUGUUUGUAUGGGCGGGGAGUUAUUCAAUCUGUAUUGACCACAUUUGAAGCUACUAGUCAGUUGCUCUUUGCAGUUAAUCGGAGCCCUGCAUCGCCUAUGGAAACUGAUGAUGGGAAUGUGAAGCAUGAUGACAAGGAAGAUACUGAUCAUUCGUGGAUUUAUGGUUCAUUAGCUAGUUAUGGUAAAUUUAUGGACCAUCUGGUGACCUCUUCUUUUAUAUUAUCUUCAUUCACAAAGCACUUGCUUGCACAGCCCCUUAUAAGUGGCGAUACCCCUUUCCCACGGGAUGCAGAGAUAUUUGUGAAGGUCCUCCAAUCUAUGGUGUUGAAGGCUGUGCUUCCAGUUUGGACUCAUCCCCAGUUUGUUGAUUGCAGUCCUGAAUUUAUUUCUACUGUUAUUUCUAUCAUUAGGCAUGUUUAUUCUGGGGUUGAAGUAAAAAAUGUAAAUGGCAGCGGUAGUGCGCGUAUUACUGGGCCUCCUCCUAAUGAAACAGCAAUUUCAACCAUUGUAGAGAUGGGUUUUUCCAGGUCUAGAGCAGAGGAAGCUUUGAGGCAAGUUGGGUCAAAUAGUGUGGAGUUGGCUAUGGAGUGGUUGUUUUCGCAUCCAGAGGACACACAAGAAGAUGAUGAACUUGCUCGUGCACUUGCCAUGUCCCUUGGGAACUCUGAAUCAGACACUAAGGAUACGGCUGCAAAUGACAAUGCCCAACAGCUUGAGGAAGAGAUGGUCCAACUUCCUCCUGUUGAUGAGUUGUUAUCAACAUGUACAAAACUUUUACAAAAGGAGCCUCUUGCUUUUCCUGUCCGUGACUUGCUUGUGAUGAUAUGCUCUCACGAUGAUGGUCAAUAUAGGUCUAGUGUUGUCACUUUUAUUGUUGAUCGAAUCAAGGAAUGUGGAUUGGUUUCUAGUAAUGGAAAUAAUACCAUGCUGGCUGCUCUGUUUCAUGUUCUUGCUUUGAUUCUUAAUGAGGAUGCUGUAGCACGGGAAGCUGCUUCAAAGAGUGGGUUGAUCAAAAUCGCCUCAGAUAUGCUCUACCAGUGGGAUUCUAGUCUUGAUAACCGGGAGAAGCAUCAAGUGCCAAAAUGGGUCACAUCUGCUUUUCUUGCUAUAGACAGGCUGUUGCAAGUGGAUCAAAAGUUGCAUUCUGAAAUUGCAGAGCAAUUGAAGAAGGAAGCUGUGAAUAGUCAGCAGACAUCAAUUAUUACCAUUGAUGAGGAUAAGCAACACAAAUUGCAGUCUGCAUUGGGACUGUCUUCCAAGUAUGCAGAUAUCCAUGAGCAGAAGAGACUUGUUGAGAUUGCUUGUAGUUGUAUGAAGAAUGAACUUCCCUCAGACACAAUGCAUGCUAUUCUGCUACUAUGUUCCAAUCUUACGAGAAAUCAUUCCGUUGCCCUUACCUUUUUUAAUGCUGGUGGUUUAAGUUUACUUCUUUCUCUGCCAACCAGUAGCCUCUUCCCUGGGUUUGACAAUGUUGCUUCGAGUAUUGUCCGUCAUGUUCUUGAAGAUCCACAAACUCUCCAGCAAGCGAUGGAAUCUGAGAUAAAACACAGUCUUGUAGUAGCAUCUAACCGGCAUCCAAAUGGAAGGGUCAAUCCUCGCAACUUCCUGUUAAGUUUAGCUUCUGUAAUUUCCCGGGAUCCGAUAAUAUUUAUGCAAGCGGCUCAAUCUGUUUGCCAAGUUGAAAUGGUAGGUGAAAGACCGUACAUCGUCUUGCUGAAAGAUCGGGAUAAAGACAAAUCUAAGGAGAAGGAUAAGUCAUUGGAGAAAGACAAAGGACAGAAUAAUGAUGGGAAGGUUGGUUUGGGUAAUAUAAACACAGGAGCUUCUGGGUAUAGUCAUGGAAAACUUCAUGAUUCAAAUUCCAAGAGUGUCAAAAGUCACAAAAAACCUAUUCAAAGUUUUGUUAAUGUGAUAGAACUUCUUCUUGAAUCUAUAUGCACUUUCGUUGUCCCCCCUUUGAAGGAUGACACUACCUCAAAUGCCCUCCCUGCUUCCCCAACAUCAAGUGACAUGGACAUUGAUGUCUCUGCAAUUAAGGGGAAAGGAAAAGCAGUUGCCACUGUAUCCGAGGGGAAUGAAACCAGCAGCCAGGAAGCUUCUGCAUCACUUGCAAAGAUAGUAUUUAUUUUGAAGCUUCUGAUGGAAAUAUUAUUGAUGUACUCAUCGUCUGUUCAUGUUCUGCUUCGACGAGAUGCUGAAAUCAGCAGCAUUAGGGGCUCCUAUCUAAAGAGUCAUGCUGGUUUAAGUGUUGGGGGAAUAUUCUACCAUAUUCUUCGUAAUUUUCUUCCUUAUUCUCGAAAUUCCAAAAAGGACAAAAAAGUUGAUGGUGAUUGGAGGCAGAAACUGGCAACCAGGGCUAACCAGUUUAUGGUGGCUGCUUGUGUUCGCUCUACAGAGGCAAGGAGGAGGGUUUUUACUGAGAUUAGUCAUAUCAUAAAUGAAUUUGUUGAUUCAUGUAAUGGUCUUAAGCCACCAGGCAAUGAAAUUCAGGUUUUUGUUGAUCUUCUUAAUGAUGUUUUGGCUGCUCGUACACCUUCUGGCUCAAGCAUCUCAGCAGAGGCCUCAGCCACUUUUAUGGAUGCUGGUCUGGUUAAAUCAUUCACUCGUACUCUCCAAGUUUUGGACUUGGACCAUGCUGACUCAUCUAAAGUUGCUACUGCUAUUAUCAAAGCUCUAGAGUUGGUGACCAAGGAGCAUAUUCAGUCAGUUGAUUCAACUGCUGGGAAGGGUGACAAUCCAACAAAGCCUUCUGAUCUUAGUCAACCUGGAAGAACAGAUAAUAUUGGUCACAUGUCUCAAUCCAUGGAAACAACUUCUCAGGUCAAUCACGAUUCCCUUCAAGUUGACCAUGUUGGGUCUUACAAUGCGAUUCAGUCUUAUGGUGGGUCUGAAGCUGUUACUGAUGAUAUGGAACAUGAUCAAGAUCUUGGUGGGGGCUUUGCUCCUGCUAACGAGGAUGAGUACAUGCAUGAAACUACUGAGGAAGCCAGAGGUCUUGAGAAUGGAAUCGAAAAUGUGGGGCUGCGGUUUGAAAUCCAACCCCAUGGCCAAGAAAAUCUUGAUGACGAUGAUGAUGAUGGUGAUAUGUCUGGAGAUGAGGGUGAAGAUGUGGAUGAAGAUGACGGGGAUGAUGAGGAACAUAAUGAUUUGGAAGAAGAUGAAGUCCAUCACUUGUCACAUCCUGACACAGAUCAAGAUGAUCAUGAAAUAGAUGAUGAUGAUUUUGAUGAAGUGAUGGAGGAAGAGGAUGAGGAUGAGGAUGAUGAAAAUGGGGUUAUACUGCGACUUGAGGAGGGCAUUAAUGGAAUUAAUGUUUUUGACCAUAUUGAGGUUUUUGGAAGAGAUAAUAGUUUUCCAAAUGAAGCUCUUCAUGUGAUGCCGGUUGAAGUUUUUGAAUCUAGACGUCCAGGGCGGACCACAUCUAUUUACAGCCUUUUGGGCAGAACUGGUGAUAAUGCUACUCCUUCACGCCAUCCACUUUUGGUUGGACCUUCUUCCUCAUCUACUGGGCAAUCAGACACUAUAACGGAGAAUUCAGCAGGUUUGGAUAAUAUCUUUCGAUCACUGAGGAGUGGACGUCAUGGACACCGUUUGAACUUGUGGAGUGAUAAUAACCAGCAAAGUGGCCGGUCAAACUCUGGCAUUGUACCACAGGGCCUUGAGGAGUUGCUUGUCUCUCGAUUGAGACGACCCACCCCUGAAAAGUCAUCUGAUAAUAACAUAGCAGAAGCAGGUAAUCAUAGUAAAGUUGAAGUCAACCAGAUAAAUGAUUCAGAAGGUUCAAGGCUAGAAAUCCCUGUUGAAUGUCAUGCAAUUCAGGAAGGUGGUACGGUGACUCCUGCAUCAAUAGAUAACAAUAACAACAAUGCUGAUGUCGGACCUGCUGGAAAUGGAUCUUUGCAAGCAGAUGUUUCAAGCACUCACUUACAGGCAGUUGAGAUGCAGUUUGAGCAUAAUGAUGCUGCUGUGCGGGAUGUUGAAGCUGUGAGCCAGGAGAGUAGUGGUAGUGGGGCAACUUUUGGUGAAAGUCUUCGGAGCCUUGAUGUUGAGAUUGGAAGUGCUGAUGGCCAUGAUGAUGGUGGAGAAAGGCAGGUUUCUGCAGAUAGGAUAGCAGGUGAUUCACAGGCUGCACGCACAAGAAGAGCAAACAUUCCUUUAAGUCAUUCUUCUCCUGUAGUUGGGAGAGAUGCAUCCCUCCACAGUGUUACUGAAGUUUCUGAAAAUUCAAGCCGAGAUGCAGAUCAAGAUGGUCCAGCAGCGGAGCAACAGGUGAACAGUGAUGCUGGAUCAGGAGCAAUUGAUCCUGCCUUUCUGGAUGCUCUUCCUGAGGAGCUGCGUGCUGAAGUCCUCUCGGCUCAGCAGGGGCAAGUGGCUCAACCAUCAAAUGCUGGAUCUCAAAACAAUGAGGAUAUUGAUCCAGAAUUCCUCGCAGCUCUUCCUUCAGAUAUUCGAGCAGAAGUUCUAGCUCAACAGCAAGCACAGAGGCUACAUCAAUCUCAAGAGUUGGAAGGGCAACCUGUUGAAAUGGAUACAGUCUCGAUAAUUGCAACAUUUCCUUCAGAAUUACGUGAAGAGGUUCUUUUAACGUCAUCAGAUGCUGUGCUUGCCAACCUUACACCUGCUCUUGUUGCUGAGGCUAAUAUGUUGCGGGAGAGGUUUGCACAUCGAUACAGUCGUACCCUCUUUGGUAUGUAUCCCAGAAGUCGUAGAGGUGAGGCAUCUAGACGUGGCGAAGGUAUUGGUUCUAGUCUGGAUGGUGCAGGGGAAAGCAUUACUUCACGCAGGUCUGGUGUAGCUAAGAUUGUUGAAGCUGAUGGAGCACCUCUAGUUGACACUGAAGCUUUGCAUGCCAUGAUUCGGUUAUUUCGCAUAGUUCAGCCACUAUAUAAAGGUCAGUUGCAGAGGCUUCUUUUGAAUCUUUGUGCCCAUUGUGAAACCCGAACUUCUCUGGUGAAAAUUCUGAUUGACUUACUAAUGCUUGAUGUAAGAAAGCCUGCCAGUUAUUUUAGUGCAGUUGAGCCACCAUACAGACUAUAUGGUUGUCAGAGCAAUGUAAUGUACUCUCGUCCUCAAUCUUUUGAUGGAGUUCCCCCAUUGCUCUCUCGGAGAAUACUUGAAACUCUCACUUAUCUUGCUCGUAAUCAUCCAUACGUUGCAAAAAUUUUGCUUCAGUUUAGGCUGCAUUAUCCUGCAGUAAGAGAACCAGAUAAUGCUGAUGUUACACGUGGCAAAGCUGUGAUGGAUGUUGAAGAUGAAGUAAAUAUCAAUGAAAGUAAUGAAGGAUACAUACCCAUUGCAAUGCUUUUGUGUCUCUUGAAGCAACCCCUUUAUUUCAGGAGCAUAGCCCAUCUGGAGCAGUUGCUAAAUUUACUGGAUGUUAUCAUUGAUAGUGCUGGAAGCAAGUCUAGUUCAUCUGACAAAUCUACUGGGCCAAUCUUGGGACCACAAAUUUCUGCAAUGGAGGCAGAUGGGAAUACAAAUUCUGUUAUAUCUUCUGGUCUUGAUGCAGCUCCCAAAGUCAAUGAUUCCUCCAAACCGGCACCCUCUGGUAAUAAGGAAUGCGAAACUCAGCAAGUAUUGAGUAAUCUGCCACAAGCAGAACUUCAGCUCCUAUGCUCAUUGCUUGCACUAGAAGGUUUAUCAGAUAAUGCAUAUGGUCUUGUUGCGGAGGUAAUGAAGAAAUUGGUGGCUAUUGCUCCAAUUCACUGUCAGCUUUUUGUCACUCAUCUGGCUGCAUCAGUUCAAAACUUGACUUCAUCUGCAAUGGAUGAGUUACGCAUUUUUAGUGAAGCAACGAAAUCUCUUCUCAGUACAACAUCUUCUGAUGGUGCAGCAAUUUUGAGAGUUUUGCAAGCCUUGAGUUCCCUUGUCACCUUAUUGGCUGAGAAAGAGUGUGAUGGAAUAACUCCUGCUCUUUCUGAGGUUUGGGAAAUCAAUUCAGCAUUAGAGCCCUUGUGGCAUGAGCUGAGCUGUUGCAUAAGCAAGAUUGAGUCCUAUUCUGAGUCAGCAUCUGAUUUUUUUACCCCUUCUAGAACGUCCGUGUCUAAUCCGUCCACUGUCACACCUCCACUUCCAGCUGGUUCUCAAAAUAUCUUACCAUACAUAGAAUCUUUCUUUGUGGUUUGUGAGAAGCUGCAUCCUGCACAGUCAGGUGCUAGUCAUGACGCAAGUGUUCCUGCUAUUUCUGAUGUUGAAGACGCGAGCACAUCUGGUACUCAGCAGAAGACAUCUGGACCUGCUAUGAAAUUAGAUGAGAAACAUGCUGCUUUUGUCAAGUUUUCGGAGAAGCAUAGGAAGUUACUAAAUGCUUUUGUCAGGCAAAAUCCUGGCUUGCUUGAGAAAUCUUUUUCCCUCAUGCUGAAGAUUCCAAGAUUUAUUGAUUUUGAUAACAAGCGCUCCCACUUCCGAUCAAAAAUUAAGCAUCAGCAUGACCAUCACCAUAGCCCAUUAAGAAUAUCAGUAAGAAGGGCGUAUGUACUAGAAGAUUCUUAUAACCAGCUUCGCAUGAGAUCAACUCAAGAUUUGAAGGGAAGGUUGACUGUUCACUUCCAAGGGGAGGAAGGAAUUGAUGCUGGUGGGCUUACAAGGGAAUGGUAUCAAUUGUUGUCCAGAGUUAUUUUCGACAAAGGAGCACUUCUUUUUACUACAGUGGGCAAUGAAUCAACAUUUCAGCCAAACCCAAAUUCUGUUUAUCAAACAGAACAUCUAUCUUAUUUCAAAUUUGUUGGUAGAGUGGUCGGAAAAGCAUUAUUUGAUGGUCAGCUCUUGGAUGUCCAUUUUACCCGGUCAUUCUACAAGCACAUCCUAGGUGUCAAAGUUACAUAUCAUGAUAUUGAAGCCAUUGAUCCUGACUAUUUCAAAAAUUUGAAAUGGAUGCUUGAGAAUGAUAUCAGUGAUGAUCUGGAUCUUACUUUUAGCAUUGAUGCAGAUGAGGAAAAGUUGAUCUUAUAUGAACGAACAGAAGUGACUGAUUAUGAGUUGAUUCCCGGUGGACGGAAUAUCAAAGUUACGGAGGAGAAUAAGCAUCAAUAUGUUGAUUUGGUUGCGGAGCAUCGGUUGACCACUGCUAUUCGACCUCAAAUAAAUGCUUUCUUGGAAGGGUUCAAUGAAUUGAUUCCCAGGGAGUUGAUAUCUAUAUUCAAUGACAAAGAGCUGGAAUUAUUGAUCAGUGGACUUCCUGAUAUUGAUUUGGAUGACUUGAGAGCAAAUACAGAAUAUUCUGGAUAUAGUGCUGCAUCACCUGUUAUCCAAUGGUUUUGGGAGGUUGUUCAAGGUUUCAGCAAAGAAGACAAGGCUAGACUGUUGCAGUUUGUGACAGGAACAUCCAAGGUACCUUUGGAGGGUUUUAGCGCUCUUCAAGGAAUUUCAGGCUCCCAGAAGUUUCAGAUACACAAGGCAUAUGGAAGUUCUGAUCACUUGCCUUCGGCUCAUACUUGUUUCAAUCAAUUAGAUUUGCCGGAGUAUCCAUCCAAACCACAUUUGGAAGAGAGGUUACUGCUUGCGAUUCAUGAAGCAAGUGAGGGAUUUGGAUUUGGUUGAAUUUCUUUUUUGGGGGGAGGGGAGGGGCAGCGGACGCAAAAACUCUUGACAUUUUAGGUAGGAAGCUAUUUGAAAGUGGUACAGGGGGUUAACAAGAUUUCAGGUUUAUAUCAUGUUAAUAUGUUGUA